UUAACGAGGUAAUGUUUUUCUCGCAGUAGUAUGAGGAUAACAAGCCAGCGGACCUAAGUUGCUGUUACUAGCCCUGUCAACCGACGGCUAAUAUACAGAUCAAAUUAGCAGCAGUUUUCUCUGAAGACUUUUGCUUCGGCAGCGACGAAGGAGAUGAGCUUUUCUUUCGGCGGUGUUUGUUUAUCUUCAUUGGAGUCAUCGGGUUGGAGUUUGUCUGAAAUCUCUCUGCUGUCCGUGGAUUAACACAAGACUCGACUCCGAAGAAGCGCUGUGAUAUCAAUUUAAAUGUGAAAUUGUGGAUUAUGUUCCUGCAUUACGCGUGAAUACUUGUGUUGUUGAAGUUUCCCAGUGUGUGGAGUAACAUAAAGUCGAAAUUCAGUUUAAGUCCGGACGAGACCAGCGGACACUUGUUGAAAUACAAUUUACCGAGCAAACCUUUUCCCAACUGCUCGGGAGCUUUGCUAACGGUAGUAGCGAGAUUUAGCUAUCGAGGCUAACAACUUUCUCUAAAACCAGUGCUAAAUCUGCCACAACUUGGUUCUAAUGCAUGCAUGUUAGAUGUUGACCAAGGCCGAGUGACGACAAGUUGACAAAGUGCGUUUGUCAAAAUUGUUGAGAUGACACUGACAGCAGCUUAGCUAACUUGGCUAGCUGCAGCUGUUACUCAGCGUCCACCUCCAGCGUUAUGUUAGCAAUGACAGCUAGCGUUAACGAUAGAUUCAAACAAGUGGUUCGCUGGAAAUGUGUCAAAUGAAGUUAUAUUUUACCAUUAACUUCUUCUAAUCAACAAGUCAUUCCUUUCGGAAGUUAUUGUAGUUACAUUGUAAGCACAUGAUUUACAAAGGCUUUAUUUACUCCGCUCUCUAAGCAUAAGAAGACAACUUUUAUAACGAGAGCUUUACCGUUAGCUUAGCUACGUUAGCUACUAGCGCGGCUUACAAUAACACUCGGUUGUGAUUCUGCAGCCAGCAGUUGACUCUGAAUUAACUUUGGCCAGACAGCAAUGUGUGCUAGGUUUUAAAAACUCUGAUGGAUUCACUGCAACGCUCACUGAAAGACUUUGGACAAUAGACUCCCAGCACCGUCUACGACUUUCUCCAAGUAGCUGAAGUUGUAAAACUGCGGCCCGCACGAUGUCCGGCUCCCCGGGCACAGGUGGCUCAAACCCCAGGAAGUUCAGCGAAAAGAUAGCGCUGCACAACCAGAAGCAGGCAGAGGAGACGCGGGCCUUUGAACAGCUGAUGACAGACCUAACUGUGUCAAGGGUGCAGUUCCAGAAGGUCCAGCAGCUUCGUUUGAAUCAAUCACGGGCGCAGUACUAUGGCUCUCUGCCUAACGUCAACCAGAUCGGCAACACCAGCUCUGAAUUCCAGGGUGGCUUUCCGUCAGGAUUAGACUCGGUCAGAGGGACCCGCCACCACGGGCUGGUCGAGAGGGUCCACAGGGACCGCAACCGCAUCAACUCUCCCCAUCGCCGACCCAUCGACAAGCACGGACGUCAGAUAGAGAGCUCUCCGUAUGGAGCAGUGUACCUGUCCCCACCUCUGGACAACAACUGGAGAAGGGUCAGAACCUUGAUCCAGUCCCACGCCCUCCUCUUCCAUUCACCCAGUCUGAUCUGCUAUUCCAGUACCAGCCUCUCUGGGGAUGAAAUCUCAGAAUGA